AAUGAGAGGGAAAAAGCCAAUAAGCAGAAUAUGACCUCUUUAAGUUAAAUAUCACCUGUUUUUCGACCUGACAUAUGUACCACUUCAAAGGCAGCGAUCGGACUCUGAGCCUCUUUAACAUCUCCAGAGACGAGGUGGACGGAUUCCUCAACCUCCAACAUGACGACAGCGUUUUGUCAGCCUGCGUCUCAUCAGACCGCCGGCUGCUCGUCUCCGGAGCUGCCGACCAACUCGUACGAAUCUGGUCGGUGACCACCGGUACGUUGUUGGACGCUCUGUGUGGUUCGUACGCUCCUGUCACCGCAGUCCUUCUGUACAACGGCUCCGUGGUUUCAGCCUCGUCGGCCGCCGCCGACAUCCAUCGGUGGAGUCUGAAAUACGACACCCGCCACAAACCCACCGGCCACAUCCCCGCGGGCUGCGCCCACGUCGCCAUCACUACAGACGGAGAUCGGGUUUUCUACGUCCGAGAGCAGAGCCAGACCGAGGUCAUCAGCUGGAACAGCAACACAGGUUCUCCAUUGGAGCAUUUGGCGGUCUCCGCUGAGGUUUGCUGUCUGGAGUUAGCUCAGCGCAAACGCUUGCUGCUCUGCGGUCUGACCAGCGGCACCGUCCUCAUCUACCCGAUGGCCCUUCCCCAGGAGACGCUCUGCAUCCCCCCUCCGGAGAGCCUCUCCAGGGUGCUCUGCCUGGCCGUCGGCUCCCAGGAGAAGCACCUGGCGGUGGCCUACGAGGACUCGUUGUGUCUGUUUGAGAUCACCAACAGAGACGGCUUCCCCACAGUGGAGGGACCCCUGGAGAGGUUCCCGCUGUCCCUCCUCCACUCCCCGCUGUCCUCCAUGGCGCUGCUGUCCAAACGCCGGCUGCUGUACGGGACGAUCUGCGGGGAGGUGAAGCUCCACGACUUCAGCCGGGGCAGCAGCUCCGAUCUGGAGCCUCAUCGCAGCAGAGUGACCUGUGUGACGGCAGGUAACUGGGGGGACCACGCCCUGGUGGGCUCUGAGGACGCCGUACAGAGGCUGUGGGGCCUGAACCCGCUGGUCCUGGACCACACCAUGGAAUACAAGGGGUUUUUCUUCGAGGGCGUCCUCUCUGCUGCUUUCUCUGAGAGCGACCAGUUCGUCUUCACCGGAUCUCAGGACAGAAGCAUCAACGUCUGGGACGUCGCUACAGGAAACCUGCUGUAUGUUCAGUACGUCGACUCGCCCGUCGUCAGGAUGGUGACCUUCAGGAACGGCUUUGUGGGCUUGUCUCAGCAGGGCUCCGUUAUCAGAGAGGUGUUUCGCUGUCCGGACCACAUCAGUCCGGACCACAACCCAUUGAGAAACGUCAAGGCCCAGUACCGGGUCACCUCCAGGGAGAAGAACCGGGACGGCCAGCAGGCCCCCGGGUCCGACCUCCAGGACUUCAACCCGGCCCAGCUCAAUCUGAACCUCAUGAGCACGUUAAGAGCCAAACCCUCCUCCACCUGUCUCAUACUGUAGGACACCGGGUCCCUAACUGGGGCCCCAGGACCUCCAGGGGCCUCUAGGUUUUAGGGUGUUUCAAGAGAAAAUGAGAAAAAAAUUUAUUUUCAUAGUUAAAUUUAAUUGUACAUAUGGCUCUAUAAAUGCAAAAAUAACA